AUGUGUGCAAAAAAUAUAGGAGAUGACCAAAUGGACUUGCCAAUUAACUUGGUAGACGAACAUAUUGAUAUGCUGAUAUAGGUUAAGACUAAAAGAAUGGUCGCUUGAUUACAAUCAAACAACGAUGAAAAAGUAGUU